AUGGAUUUGGGGAGACUUGUUCCGGGGGAGGAUGCGGAUCCCUGCGGGCCAGUGAAGACCGGCCCCGACGACGCCGAAAUCGGGCAUGUCGACCGCACUAAACCCGGAUCGGAUCUUGCACCAACAACCAUCCUCCGCGGGGUAAUUGCCGACUACACCGAUAUCACCGCUGACCGAUUUCAAACGCCGGAUGUGACUCAGAUCCCGGCUUGA